GCUGCAGUUAAAACCAGAAGACGAAGAAGACGAAGAGGCCGAAGAAGAAAGAAUACGAAAAGAAGAGAAGAAGAAGUCAUUGAUUUUCCUGCACGCAGAGCAGAAAGCGGUGUCGGUCGCGUUGCAUCUUUGGCAACCCCAGUUGCAAUAAAACAAAUCUUUUUGAAAAUAGCAGUCAUGCCUAUGUUCAUGGUGAAUACUAAUGUGGCGAAAAGUGACGUUCCACCUGCGUUGCUAUCCGAGGCGACAGAGGAGCUGGCUAAAGCAAUGGGAAAACCUGCACAGUACAUUGCUGUGAACAUCAACCCAGACCAGAUGAUGAUGUUUGGGGGAAAGGGAGAUCCCUGUGCGUUGUGCUCCCUCCACAGCAUCGGCAAGAUCAGCGGCGCUCAGAACAAACGAUACUCUCAGCUGUUGUGUGGACUGCUCAACAAACACCUGGGCAUCUCUCCUGACAGAAUCUAUGUUAACUUUUUUGACAUGGAUGCAGCCAACGUGGCCUGGAACAACACUACCUUUGGCUGAAGCGAAGGUCCACGGACUUUAACCGAAGAUGAUUCCAGUAAUUCCCUGCUUGUAUGAACAUAAGUUUAGAAAGGCAAAGCCAAGAUGUGCACAUCCAGCAUUUCAUUGGGCACAGAUUAUUCACAAAAGCAUUUAGCCGGACUUCCUCACUUUAUGAUAGGCUCUCUUCAUACUGGACCUGUCACCUUGGAUUACAAUAAAGUUUGCCCUGCAGAAAAUGUUUGUUACCCUGUUU